AUGGCAAAGCAUUCCAUGAAAGUUAUAAAAUACGAUGUAGAAACGUUGGUAUUAAAAGUUUUUAAUGAAUUUUCUAUGAGCUCCAAAAGAGUAGAUGAACUUAAAGAAUGUUUCGAAUUUGUACAACAGGACUAUCAUAAUGUAUUGCGACAUAUUCCGGUGAGAUGGCUGAGAAAAAAUGAAUGUGAUAAAAUCAUAUGGACAUUUAUUGAAGAUCAGAAAAAUGAACUUUCUGAACAGUUAACUUUAAGAGAAUGUUACAUUUGCAAAGAAAACGAUGCAUUUAAAUCUGAUGCUCUACAUACUUACAAACGUGCAUUAGAAUACCUCGAAAAAUGGUUUGAUUAUGAAAACUCUCCAUUCAAAAUGUUUUCGUGUUUGAAAUUAAGUGAAUUACCUAAAUUAACAGAUUUACUCGAUCUGGCCAAAUUAAUUAAGGUUCAUGUCAAUGGAGAUGAACUGUAUGAAGAGCUUAAUUUGAUAAAGUUAUUACCAAAUGAUAUCCUAAAUAACACAGAAUUCACUAGUUCGGAAAAAUGGAAGUUAGAAAAAUCAUUUUUCACUGGAGAAAAUUAUUUUAAUAGUUCAUUAGAAAAAACACCAGAGGUUUAUGAGUUGAUAGAUGUAAUUCAAUUGAAUAAAAAAGUUCAAAAGAAAUUUAAGAUACAUGAAGCUGAUUAUAAAAUUCGUUUUAAAGAAGCAUUAAUAAAAGAUCUAAAACUAAAGGAACUAGAGGCUUACUGUGAUUCAGAUGUAGAUAUUUUACGAAGAGGAUGUUUAGAAUUAAGAAAUCAAUUUUUGGAUAUAGCUAACAUCGAUCCUUUUUGCUAUACAACUAUAGCAGGUGUUUGUAUGGCUAUCUAUAAGUCAAAAUAUUUAAUAUCUGAUACUAUAGCUGUUUUAGAUAAAGAAAAAAAUGAAAAUUAUUCAAAACAAUCGAUAACGUGGUUACAACAUUUUAAUAAUAAAAAUAUUUCACAUGCAUUAAAUGGAGGUGAAAAAAUAAUAGCAGGAGCUAAAGUAGAUGGAUUUGAUAAUAAAUCAAAAACAGUUUAUCAAUAUAACGGUUGUUUUUGGCAUGGUUGUACUAAAUGUUAUAAAGAUAGAGAAACUAUAAAUAAUAUAAAUCAUGAAACAAUGGAGGAUUUGUAUCAAAAAACAAUUGACAGAAGUACAACAAUAAAAAAUGCAGGUUAUAAUCUUGUUGAGCAAUGGGAAUGUGAUUGGAUAAAUAGUACUACAUACAAAAAAAUGAAAAAAGCUGAUAUAGCUGACCCUAUUAAUCCGAGAGAUGCUUUCUUUGGAGGUAGAACAAACGCAACAAAAUUAAGAGUAAAAAAUACAAAAAUGCGUUAUAUUGACGUAUGUAGUUUAUAUCCAACUGUAAAUUAUUAUGAUCAUUAUCCUGUUGGACAUCCAGAAAAAAUAUUUAAACCAAAAGUAUAUGAUAAAAAAUGGUUUGGACUAAUUAAAUGUAAAAUUUUACCUCCAAGAAAUCUUUAUCACCCUGUACUUCCAGUUAAAAUUAAAAUGGAAAAAAGUGAAAAGUUAUUAUUUCCUUUGUGUUAUAAAUGUGCUGUAGAUCAAAAACCAAGUUGUAAUCAUUCUAAAAACGAAAGACAAUUUACAGGAACAUGGACAACAGAUGAAGUUAAUAAAGCUUUGGAAAAAGGUUAUAUUAUAACAAAAAUUUAUGAGGUGUGGCAUUUUAAGGAGAAAUCAACAGAUUUAUUUAAAGAUUAUGUUGAUAAUUUUAUGAAAAUAAAAUUAGAAAGUUCAAAACAUAAUUACAGUUCUGAUGAAGAGUAUAUAAAACCAAUUUUCGAUAAAAUGGGUAUUUUAUUAGAUAAAUAUAAAAUACGUGAUAAUCCAGGUAGACGAGCUGUAGCAAAACUGUUUAAAUAG